AUGACUCACCAGGGGAGCCUUGGGAGUGGUGAUAGCCUCCAGAGUCAGAGCUGUCGGCUGCAGAGGUCUCAGAGCGCAGGGCAGACGACAAGGAAAAAACGCAAGCCCCGGAGGCGGAACAAGAAAGGACCAGGUUCAGCUGAGGCAGAGGAUCUCUUCAGUUCAGCUUCUCGGAAGCCUUCCUUCCCUUUCCAGUGGGCCUGGGAGAGCUUCAUCAUAGAUGGCCAGGCUCUGCUUCAGCCAAGUUCCUCUGUGGUCCUGGGCCAACGAUCCCUGCUUUUGCCCCCAGCAGCCCCCCAGCUCAAGUCCAGGCGCAAGUCAGUAGCCAGCCUCUCAGAAGACCUCAGCUUCUGCCAGAAGACAGAAGUGCAAAACCAGGAGAAGAGAUAUCAGCUGGGGGGCCAGGGCAGCAUCGCCCUCCCUCCGGGCAACUCAGAGAGCCAAGGGCUGGAGCCAUGCAGCCAGGGUGGCUUCUGGCCACUAGGAAAAGGGUCAGGGUCAGAGUCUGAGGAUGUCUCAGAGGUGGAAGGCCAGAAUGCUGAGGGGGCAGAGAGGGUUCUGAGCCCUGGGGAACUGCCCCAGCUCCCAGGGCAGGGCUUGACCUUGGAGGAGGAAUGGAUCCCAGAGGUGACAGAGGAGGAACACGGCGCCCCCCACAGGAGCAAGGGCGGCUCUCCACAUAAGGGGAGGAAUUCUGGAGAGAAGGCGUCAGAAGAAAGGGAGCUGCAGGGUCCUAGCCAGGGAAGCAGCUCAGGUUCCCACGGCCUCCGAAGGCUGCAGAAGGGGAAGUCAAUGGCCAAGGAUCUGAAGGGGCCCUGGGACUUGGAGCGGCUACACAGGCAGUUACAGGAAGAAUUGGAUUGCGGUCCCGAAAAGCAGACCUGGAAGGCUUUGCGGGCAGCUGUCCAGGCCUCUACCAGGAAUAGGAAGACCCCUACCUUUGGAGAUGACGAAAAUUUCUUGUCUGCCAACUUCCCUAAUCGCACCUUCCAUAAACGACAGGAGGCCACCAGGAACCUGCUGCAGGCCUGGGAACAGCAGCAGCUGGAGGAGCGGCAGCAGGCUGAGAUGCGCAGGGUUCGGGAGCAUCAGGUGCAGCAGCAGGUGGCUCGCUGUCUGGCAGCCUACACACCCAGAGGGAGCAGAGGGGCCCUGGCUGCCCAGCGCAAACUGGAAGAGCUGAGGCGCAAAGAGCGACAGCGUUUUGCUGAGUACCAGGCAGAGCUGCAGGGUAUCCAGCACAGGGUGCAAGCCCGGCCCUUCCUGUUCCAGCAGGCCAUGCAGACCAAUGCUAGGCUCACAGUAAACCGGCGCUUCUCCCAGGUACUGUCAGCAUUGGGAGUAGAUGAGGAACAGCUGCUGGCUGAGGCAGGCAAUGCAGAAGGAAUCACCCAGAAACACAGGAGCCACCGGUCAUUUGGAGUAGAUAUGGAGCCCUCUUCUCAGAGCUCCCCAAAGAUAGAACACACCAGCAACCAGCCUGGAAGACUCCCCUCUCCCACCCUGGACCCAGCACACAGUCCCUGA